CUUUGACAGCCACGAAUCGUGUCUCGUGUGGUGGCAGCACUGAGCUUUUGCUCUUUCUUUCUGUCAAUCCGCGUCAGACAUGGGUGUCGACAUUAACCAUAAACACGACCGUAAGGUUAGGCGCACCGAACCCAAAAGCCAAGAUGUAUAUUUACGUCUUCUAGUUAAGUUGUACCGUUAUUUGGCCCGUCGUACGGGUUCAAAAUUCAACAAAAUCAUCCUCAAACGCUUGUUCAUGAGCAAAAUCCAUAAGCCCCCAAUCUCUCUGGCGCGCGUAGUACGCGCUAUGAAAAAACCAGGACGCGAAGGUUUAACUGCCGUCAUUGUAGGAUCAGUAACUGACGAUGCUCGCAUUUGGGAAGUCCCAAAGUUGUCGGUGUGUGCGCUUCGCGUGACGGGAACUGCCAGAGCUAGAAUUAUUAAAGCAGGUGGAGAAGUAAUCACUUUCGAUCAGUUGGCUUUAAGAGCACCCACAGGUGCCAAAACUGUUCUGUUGCAAGGAAGACGCAACGCUCGCGAGGCUGUGAAGCACUUCGGACCAGCUCCUGGAGUGCCACACUCGCACAGUAAGCCAUUUGUGAGGGCCAAGGGAAGGAAGUUCGAGAGAGCUCGUGGCCGCAGGCGCUCGUGCGGUUACAAAAAGUAAUUUUGUUUGGUUGCUGUACCCCUAAGUUUUGUAAUAAAUAGUGCGUGCAGUAG